GGAAAUGAAAGUCAUUGUGACAGGUGCAUCAGGGGUUCUCGGAACAGCCGUCUACGACGCUUUCACCAACGCUCCAGCGAGUAAUGAAGUCCUAGGACUCGCUUAUACUCGCCCCAAGGGCUCCUUGAAGGUCAUUGAUCUACUGGAUUCGGAGAAGUUAGAGGAGCUUGUCAAGGAGUUCAAGCCCGACUGGAUUGUGCAUUGUGCGGCGGAGAGGAAGCCUGAUGUUGCUGAGAAGGAUCCAGAGGGCACCAAGAAGCUGAAUAUAUCUGUUCCGGAGAACCUUGCAAAACUCUCAAAGAAAUAUGGGUUUACCCUGAUAUAUAUCUCUACUGACUAUGUCUUUGACGGAACCUCGCCACCGUACGUUCCUUCAGCACGGACAAACCCGCUCCAACUAUAUGGUGAGACGAAACGGGAUGGGGAAAUCGCAGUCCUUGGAAUUGAGGGCUCUAAGUCCGUUGUCCUACGAGUUCCUGUCCUCUACGGACCUGCACCGAGUAACGCAGACUCUGCCAUCAAUAUCCUGCUAGAUGUCGUGCAAGACCAGUCUGGAAAGACCUACAAGAUGGACCAUUACCAGACCAGAUACCCAACGAAUGUCAUCGAUAUCGCGAACUUCCUCGUCCGCAUGUCAGCUCUACCGAAGCGGAAGACCCUCCCCCCAAUAAUACACUACUCUUCUCCAGAACCCUUCACGAAAUACGAAAUUUGCCUCAUCUUCGCUGGCAUCCUUGGUGUCCCACAUAAACACAUCAUCCCACAAGCGGAUGAGCCUGCACCAGGCUCCACCCCGAGACCUCGCGAUACUCAGCUAUACGUCCGUGAGACGGAGGAUCUCGGCAUCGAGGGCGGUCUCGGGACAACUGGAUUCGAGGAGUGGUGGAUUGAGUAUUUAGGGAAGAAGCAAGGCGCAAGUUCGUGAGUCGAGGCAUUGACCGAAAUAGGAUGGCUCCGGAUGGGAGGAUAUGGAAGAUUCACGAUGGAAAUCACAGUGCUUGUUUCAUGAAGGAGAUCAGAAUUACUUCUCCGAAAAUAUGUCUGUCCCGAGACACCUGCGUAUCUGUAGGCCUGUAGCGUAUGCCGGCCAUGAACCAACGAAUACUCAUCUAGACAUUUGUAUCUAUCCG